AUGCGAGAGAUCUUCAUGAAGAAAGAGAAAAACAUCUCUUUCAUUGUUGCAGCGAAUCCAUUGAUCAAUUCCAAUGAAAUCUCCAAGAAAUUGUCAUUGAUUGGCAACAAACAAUUCAUUUCUAUGCCAACAAAAUCCAUUAAUUUCAUGGAUCUCCAAACAUCAGAAGAAAAGGAAUUGUUCCGUAUCAAUCACUUUAACUAUACUUACAAAGUCAGAGAUAUUCCUGAAAUGAUCGAAUUCGCAAUAAUCGAAUACGAAAUUAAUCUCAACGAUGAAGAUGAAAAACAAUGCAUGAUGACAAUCAUUGAAACAGAAUUAACGAAAAAUUAUGGUGAUGAUGAUACAACAACAAAACAAAAGAGGAAGAAGAAUGAUGGUUUUUCAGCUAAUUUGGAGUCAAAACAAAGGUUUGUAAUCCAAGAUUGCAUUUGGGAGUUGUAUAAAGUUAUAUACAAUAUCAUUCGCGAAAAGGCAGCAAUUUCUUAUAGAAAUGCCAUUCAUUUUUCACACAUUUUUAAGUUGGUUUAUAAACAAACAGGAAAUUUCGAGCUGGCUCUUUCUGUUGGCAUUUACAUGAGAUUUAUUUUGCCUUAUACGACUAAUGCCGAAUUCAUUGAUGACAAAGAUGACAAAGAUGACAAAAGUAGUAAUUUCACUAUCAAUAAUCUCAAAAAAUACUGGGAAUUCUCAAAUCUUUUUGAUGAAAAAGAUAAAGAUAAAGAUGUAGAAGAACGUAAUUUCAGAGCUGAUUUCGUACAAUUUUUGAAUCCUGGUUUUGCUAAAAUUGACAACAAGGCUGAAUAUCUCCAAAACGGUGAAAAUAAGAUGCUCAAUGUUGAUGUUCAAGGCUACAUCACACACGAAGCGAACAAGAUUCUAAACAAAGCAUUCAAGGAUCAUUUAAAUAAGAAUUAUAAUUUUGAUAUUCAAAAGAAAAUGUAUGAAUACAGUUUUGCACAAUGUUACAAAUACAUUCCAGAGCCAAAAAUUUUGAAACUUAACAGCAUCAUGUUCAAUCUCGCUGCUCUUGACAUCGGAUACAAUAUAUUCCAUUACAUGCAUGAAUUGUUACCCAUUUUAUUGAUUGCAAAACCAGGAACAGCUAAAUCUUUGGCUGUCGAAUAUUUCAAGAUAUAUCAUUAUAAACCUGUAACAAAUGAAACAUCAAAUGAACCAGGUGAAUCAAAUGAUUUCUAUUGUUCGACAUUUCUCACGAGUAUCAUUUCUCAAACAAGUUGUUUGGAAUCUCAUUUCUAUGAUUGCAUGAGACAUCAUCAUCGAGAUAACCAAGUUAGACUAUACACAGCUAUGGUUUUCCUUGAUGAAUUGGGAUUUGGAAAUCUCAAUCCAAGCUUGUACAUCAAAGAACUCUAUUAUAUCUUUGAUAAAGGUAUUCAUUACAAGAUCAAAACAGAUCAACAAAAUACAGGAUUAUCAGAUGAUAUUUCAGACAUCUCAGAAAAGUUCGAAAAAAUUUUCCCUGUCGGAGCAUCUAAUUACCAAAUCGACCACGCUAUUAUGA